AUGCCAAAUUAUGUGAAGUUCCUAGAGGAGAUACUCACAAAAAAGAGAAAGCUGGGAGAAUAUGAAACUGUGGCAAUGACCAAGGUCUGCAGCACCAUCCUCACAAGCAAAAUUCUAGAAAAGAUUAAGGAUCCUAUGAGCUUCACCAUACUCGUUUCCAUUGGAGGACAGAAGAUAGGCCAAGCACUCUGCGAUUUGGGGGCAAAUAAGGAGGUUCCUAUCAUUUUGGGAAGACCAUUCAUUGCAACUAGAAGAGCGCUCGUGGAUGUCUAUAAAGGAGAGUUGACAAUGCACGUUCAAGAUCAAGAAGUGAAGUUCUCAGUUUAUGAUUCCAUGAAGUUUCCUGCUGAAUCAGAAGAAUACUYAGUGUUGAAGAUUUUAGAUGAAGCUUUAGUGGAGGAAUUGAGUGCAGAAGCAAUGCUAGAGCAUAGUGUAAGUAUGGAUGCUGGAGCUUAA